GUCUGAACCAAAACCAGUUCGCACACAGCACAAAAACAUAAACAUGGCCAAAGCAAAACCAUCCCACUCCUUCCUCUUCCUCUUCCACCUCCUCUUCUUCACGGCCAUCCUCCAACCGUCGAGCUCACAGGCCACCGCAGCUCCCAGAACGGACUUCAUCAAGUCCUCCUGCCGGUCCACGCACUACCCGUCGCUCUGCGUCCAGUGCCUCUCCGGCUACGCCCCCUCCAUCCAGCAGGACCCCCGCCAGCUCGCCCGGGCCGCGCUCCAGGUCAGCCUCGCCCGGGCCCAAAGCGCCGCGACCUACGUGGCCCAGCUGUCCCGCCUCCAGGGCAUCACCCCACGGGAGUCCCAGGCCGUGCAGGACUGCGUGCAGAACGUAGGCGACAGCGUGAGCCGGCUGAGCCGGUCCAUUGACGAGCUUGGCCAGAUGGGAGGAGGCCAGGGGGCCGCGGGGGAGGCGUUCGACUGGCACAUGAGCAACGUGCAGACGUGGGUGAGCGGGGCCCUCACCGACGAGAACACGUGCUUCGACGGGUUUGCGAGGCCGGGCAUGGACGGGAAGGCGAAGAGCGCGGUGAGGGGGCGGCUGGUGGAGGUGGCGCAGGUGGUGAGCAACGCUCUGGCCCUCGUGGACAGGUUCGGGUCGAGGCACCGCGGGGCGGCCAAAGGCAAGCCGUAGAUCCGGGGAUCAUGGUGGGAAGACGAGACGUGGGUUAGACAUUGAAAGAGGCGA